AUGACGCCUCCAAAAAAUCCGUAUGCAUUUCCACUUAAGCCAAAGGAGUACGCUCCUGGGCCAGUACCCAUCCUGGACGAAUGGAAAGCGCUUUGGAAUGCAUGGGACCUCGUAACUACUAAGAUGAUACCGGUAGAGGCUCUGAUGGAGAAACCAAUCCCUCUUCGCAACCCCUUGCUUUUUUACCUGGGUCAUAUCCCUACGUUUGAAGACAUACAUUUGACACGAGCUACGGGCAAGAAGCCAACAGAGCCAGCCUGCUACGCCACAAUGUUCGAGCGUGGUAUUGAUCCCGAUGUAAACGAUCCAACUCAAUGCCAUGAUCAUAGCGAGCUGCCGGAAGUGUGGCCCCUAUUAUCCGAAAUCAUUAACUACAGGGAAAGGGUUAAAGCCCGAAUAAUGUCUCUAUACAUAACAGGCGAAGCCUUCAAUAAUCGAUGCAUAGGCCGUGCGCUUUGGAUUGGCUUCGAGCACGAGGCACUGCACAUCGAGACCUUUCUCUACAUGUCGAUCCUGAGUCCGAACCAGUUACCACCGCCAGAUAUUCCGCGGCCAAACUUUGCCGGUAUGGCUCGAGAGGCCGCAGCAGAGCGAGUCGAGAAUGAGUGGUUCCGCAUCCCAGAGCAGGAGUUCACCAUCGGCUACGAAGAUCCCGAAUCCGACGACGGGCCAAAUAGAUUCUUUGCUUGGGACAAUGAGCGAAAGCCGUAUAACGCCCAAGUUGAAAGCUUCGAGGCACAAGCUCGCCCUGUCAGUGUCGGAGAGUUUGCAGCCUACCUUGUAGAUACGGGUAUCGAACAAAUCCCUGUGACCUGGGUUGAUUCGGAUAACUCCAACCAUACCGACGGGAACCAUUCAUUCAUCUCUCGUCACGGUAUCCGAACAGUAUGGGGCCCACUUCCACUCUCCCAAGCGCUGGACUGGCCCGCAACCGCGUCCUACAAUGAAGUUGCAGGAUAUGCCAAAUGGGUCGGUGCACGAAUACCCACAUUACAUGAAGUACGCAGCAUCCAUGAGUACGUUGAGAGAACGCGUAAGGCUCCCGACUCGGCCGUCAACAAGACGUUCCAUACCGACUCGGAGGCUGUUUUUGUGGAUCUCGGAAAUGCGAACGUGGGCUUCCAAAACUUUCAUCCAACGCCAGUGACGCAGAAUGGAAGUCGUCUCUGUGGACUUGGGGAAUUUGGCGGCGCCUGGGAAUGGACAAGCGAUUCUUUCGCUCCACAACCGGGUUUUAAACCCAUGGACAUAUAUCCGGGAUACAGCGCCGACUUUUUGGAUGGUAAGCACAUCGCUAUCGUCGGAGGAAGCUGGGCAGUACAUCCGCGCAUUGCGGGCCGAAAGAGCUUUCUAAAUUGGUGGCAGAGAAAUUAUUUGUAUCCAUGGGUAGCCACGCGAUUGGUAAGGGACAUUUGA